AUGGAGGCUGGAGCGCAGGCGGCAGCGCCCAACAGGCAAGUCCUACUUCUUUGUGUGUUUCUGGGGAUGUCCUGGGCUGGCGCGGAUCUGCUCCGGUAUUCUGUGGCCGAGGAGACUGAAAAAGGCACCUCUCUGGCCAACCUGGCAAAAGACUUGGGGCUGGAUGUGGGGAAGCUGUCUGCCCGGGGUGCUAGAAUUGUCUCAGACCCGCACCUGCACUUUGUGCUGCUGGAUUUGCUCACCGGGGAUUUACUUCUAAAUGAGAGGCUGGACCGCGAGGAGCUGUGCGGCCCCUCAGAGCCCUGCGUGCUGCCGUUCCAGUUGUUGUUGGAACAGCCUUUUGAGAUUGUCCCUGCUGAGCUAAGGGUCACAGACAUCAAUGAUCACUCUCCGGCAUUUCCACAUGGAGAGAUUCCUCUGAAAAUCCCGGAGAGCGCCAUGCCAGGGACGGCCUUUCUCUUGGAGUGCGCCCAGGACCCGGACGUGGGAAUUAACAGCCUGAGCAACUACACCAUUAGCGCCAAUGCUUAUUUCCACGUGAACGUCCUCGGUGAUGGGGAGGGAGGCAUCGUUCCCCAGCUGAUACUGGAUCAAGUGUUGGACCGAGAGGAGAUGUCAGAGCUCAAUGUAACACUCACAGCCGUGGACGGCGGUUCUCCUCCCCAGUCCGGAACCACCCGGGUGCGCAUUCAAGUGGUAGACAUAAAUGACAACGCGCCCGAAUUCGAGCAGUCCGUCUACAGGGUGCAGGUACCCGAGAACAGCACCACCGGUUCGGUCGUUGUCACCGUAUCAGCUACAGAUUUGGACACUGGAAGUUAUGGGGAAGUAGUCUACACGUUGUUUUACCCCACUGAAAGAGUUCUCCAAACGUUUCAAAUCAACUCAGCCUCUGGCCAUCUUCUUCUGAAAGCCCAGUUGGACUAUGAGGCAAUCCAAACUUAUACCCUAACUAUUAAAGCCCAAGAUGGUGGAGGACUGUUUGGCAAAUGUACCGUUGUGGUUGAUGUGACAGAUAUCAAUGACAACGCACCAGAACUGAUCAUGUCAUCUGUAACCAGUCCAGUGGCAGAAAAUUCACCAGAGACUGUGGUAGCUGUUUUUAGGAUUAGAGACAGAGAUUCCGGGAGUAAUGGGAAAAUGCUGUGCUCCAUCCAGGAAGAUCUCCCUUUUGUCCUGAAGCCAUCUGUAGAGAAAUUCUACACCUUGGUAACAGACGGGCCCCUGGACAGGGAGGCCAGGGCCCAGUACACCAUCACCAUCACCGUCUCUGACCUGGGCACGCCCAGGCUGCAGAGCCAGCACAACGUGACAGUGCACGUGUCCGACGUCAACGACAACGCGCCCACCUUCAGCCAGGCCCUGUACACCCUGUUCGUGCUGGAGAACAACAGCCCCGCGCUGCACAUCGGCAGCGUGAGCGCCAGCGACAGGGACGCGGGCACCAACGCCCAGCUCACCUACUCGCUGCUCACACAAGACCAGGCAACGCAGCAGCCACAGGGACAGGGACAGGAGCAGGUGGACGUGGGCGCGCUGGUGGCCCUGGACGCGGCGAGUGGGCAGCUGUUCGCGCUGCGCGCGCUCGACUACGAGACCCUGCGCGCCUUCGAGUUCGGCGUGCGCGCGUCGGACGGCGGGUCUCCGGCGCUGAGCGGCGAGGCGCGCGUGCGCGUGGUGCUGCGCGACGCCAACGACCACGCGCCGCGCGUGCUGUACCCGCCGCGCAACGGCUCUGCGGCGGGCGCGUGCCCCGAGCUGGUGCCGCGCGGCGCCGAGGCGGGCUACGUGGUGAGCAAGGUGGUGGCGGUGGACGGCGACUCGGGCCGCAACGCGUGGCUGUCGUACGAGCUGCUGCAGGCCACGGAGCCCGGGCUGUUCGGCGUGUGGGCGCACAGCGGCGAGGUGCGCACGGCGCGGCCUGUGAGCGAGCGCGACGCGCCGCAGCAGCGGCUGCUGGUGCAGGUGCGCGACCACGGCGAGCCGCCGCUCUCGGCCAGCGUGGCGCUGCACGUGCUGCUGGUGGACGGCUUCUCGCAGCCCUACCUGCCGCGGCCCGACGCGCCGGCGGGGCAGGCGGGGCAGGCGGGUGUGGGGGGUUUGGGAAGCGAGGCUGGGCAGGCGGAGGCGCUGACGGUGUCGCUGGUGGUGGCGCUGGCGGCGGUGUCUUCUCUGUUCUUGGCGUCUGUGUUGGCGCUGGUGGCCGCGCGGCUGUGUGGGCGCGGCGGGGCCGGGGCUGGGGCUGUGGCGGUGGGGUCAGGGUGUGGGGUGUCUGUGGCCGAGGGCCGCUUCUUCCCUGCCGGGGCUGGGUGUGGUGGUGUGGGUCCUCUGGUGGACGUGGGCGGGGCGGGGACGCUGUCGCAGAGCUACCAGUAUGAGGUGUGUGUGAGUGGAGGGAGUGGGACUGGUGAGUUCAAGUUCAUGAAGCCGAUUUUCACUAAUUUGCAGAACAACUCCCCCAAAAUAGCAAUGGAAGAGCACGCAAACUAUAGUAAUGACUUUGAUUUCAGCAUGUAG